GCUGGACUAUAGGCGCACUACGCAGCGCUAUAGCGCCGGGCACAACUCUGCCAGGUCAGUGGCUGGACUAUAGGCGCACUACGCAGCGCUAUAGCGCCGGGCACAACUCUGCCAGGUCAGUGGCUGGACUAUAGGCGCACUACGCAGCGCUAUAGCGCCGGGCACAACUCUGCCAGUGAUUAUAAAAUAGCUACGCACGAAUACGAGACACGCCCAAAUUUUGCUGACGACCACAUCCCGGUCACGGCGGCCUCCACACGAAGUUCCUUCCCAUGCCUCCAUUUAAGUCCGCCAUCUGCAGCCAUGUUCCAAAGUCUGCCUAUUUCUUCUCAUCACCAAGCGAUGCAUCUUCCUUGUCCAACGUCACAGUCAAAUUUCAUCCAGCAUCCACUCGGCUGUCACAGAAAAAGCAGCCUUCCCUACUCCAAUGCGUCCGAAAUACCAGAGCAUGUAGAACCGAAGGUCAUAUAUACUUGCAGUAAUCAAGAAUGUUCUGAUAUGGCCAUCACUGAAGACUCCAAUGAUCAGACAGAAGUUGCGGACGACAUUGUGAAACCAUCCAAAUCUCAUGCCAGAAGUCACAGCGCGGCAUACAACACUAGAAGCUUCAGUCCACCGGCGUUCAUGAGUUUACCCUUCACCUUCACCGACACUCGAGCUGUCGAAGUGACAGUAGAUACCAACGCUUCAUCUGUGCCGUCGACUUCAACCACUUCAAAUCUGAAAGACGUAUUAUCAGCAUCUGGUCUUUGUACCGCGCAAAAUGCACAAAAAUUAUCCGUUCCUGGUCCUGAUCAGCACUCCAUGUCGCUUACGGUUGUUGAACACAAUUCGCUGCAGCGCAUGAAAUCUGCACCUGACAGCACCUGGAGACCAUGGAAAGGAUCUUUCAAGAGAAAAUCUCUUCGUAAAAGUAAGCACAAGUCGGAUAGAGCCGAUCUCCAACUUGAAAUGUUACCUUUCAAAAUUAGUGAUCCCGACGGGGAAGAUAUCACGAUGGGAAGGCCAAACCCCCAACGACUCAACUCUUCCCCUGCGUGUGUGAACAAUUGGAGUCCCUUGGAGAACCCACUACAAAGAAGCGUCACUUGUAAGCCCAAGAGAAUUUCUGCUUCACCUUCUACCUGUCCGCGAAGCUCAGAUGCUCCGGACAAAGAACCAAAGUCGGUGCUCAUGUCCCCGAAGCCAACAUUUCGAUUUAGUCUCGACCCACCUAGACGUGAUACCCUCUAAAGAAUAACCAUAUGCCUCCGAAGAUUUAGGAUUAUGAAAAAACUAUCAUUACGGCAUUGAACUAUUUGCAAUUGAGCUCAUUUCUUUUAGAAAGACUGUGUUUGGCGAGUUUGUGUCUAAAAAAUAGCACAGUGAAUGUCAUUAAGUUAAUAAUUUUUAGUGGUAGAUUUUUAAUUUUUGUUGCCCAGGCGUUUGUCCAACUUUGUAGAUUCACAUGUUGUCAAA